AUGCCGCGGGGCUUCCUGGUGAAGCGGAGCAGGAGGCCGGGCGGCUCCUACCGGUUGCGUCCUCCGGCCGGCCCACCCGCUGCCCUCCCGGAGGAAGCUCCCCGCGGCCCCGCGCCUUUGCCGGAGCCGCCGCCGCCACCGCGCCCGCAGGAGCCCCACAGCCCGCUGGCGGCUCUCUGGGAAGGCGGCGGCUCCGACCGCGCGGCCGCCCCGGACGCCGAGGAGCCCGAGGCCGGCCCCCUUUCGCCCGCCCCGGCCGAGUCCUUCCCGCCCAGCCCCGCCCCGGCGGCCGAGGAGCGGCUGCCCCGCACGCCCUUGCCCCUGCCGCUGCCGCUGCCCGCCGCGCCGCUCUGCCUGCCCGGCGCUCUCAAGCGGCCGCCCCGCGCAAAGGCGCCUCCGGCCAAGAAGCCCAAGGCUGCACGCAGGCUGAGCUUCGCCGACGAGGUGACAACGUCGCCGGUGCUGGGGCUGCGCAUCAAGGCGGCGCCCGAGGCAGGCUCCGAGGGGCCCCGCGCCGCCCGCCCGACGCUGCUGGGCGAGUUCGUGUGCCAGCUGUGCAAGGAGCCCUACGGCGACCCGCUGGCGCUGGCCCAGCACCGCUGCUCGCGGAUCGUGCGCGUCGAGUACCGCUGCCCGGAGUGCCACAAGAUCUUCAGCUGCCCGGCCAACCUGGCCUCGCACCGCCGCUGGCACAAGCCGCGUCCGCCCGCGCCCGACAAGGAGAACAGCCGCCGCGAUCAGCACCUCGGCGCCCGGGACAGCGCCUGCUGCCGCGACCCGCCCGCCGCCCGGCCCUCCCAGCUUUGCGCGCCCGGCGAGGGCGGCCCCGCCGACGCCCCUCCCGGCGAGCUCUUCCUCUGCCCCUACUGCCACAAGACCUUCCGGCGCCAGGCCUACCUGCGCAAGCAUCUGGGCACCCACCAGCCCCCCGGGCCGGCCGGCUUCCAGCCCCGCCAGCCCUCGCCGCAGCCCGCCACCUUCCCCUGCCACUUGUGCGGGGCACACUUUCCCUCGGCGGACCUCAGGGACAAGCACCGGCUGUGGCACGCCGUGCGGGAGGAGCUGCUCCUGCCCCUGGCCCAGCCCGAGGGCAGCGCUGCCCACGGGGAGCAGCAGAUCUUCUCCUGCAAGCAUUGCCCCGCCACCUUCUUCAGCUCGCCCGGCCUCACGCGGCACAUCAACAAAUGCCACCCGUCGGAGAACAGGCAAGUCCUCCUGCUGCAGAUGCCCGUCCGGCCAGGCUGCUAG